GUGCGGGAUCCACAACAUGUUCCCUUUACACUUAGCGGCACUGAAUGCUCACUCAGACUGCUGCAGGAAAUUGUUGUCAUCGGGCUUUGAAAUAGACACCCCUGAUAGUUUUGGAAGAACGUGCCUCCACGCUGCCGCUGCAGGAGGUAAUGUUGAAUGUAUAAAACUCUUGCAAAGCAGUGGAGCAGAUUUUAAUAAGAAGGACAAAUGUGGGAGGACACCUUUGCACUAUGCAGCUGCAAAUUGUCAUUUCCACUGUAUUGAGACACUGGUAACAACAGGAGCCAAUAUUAAUGAAACAGACGACUGGGGUCGUACCCCUUUGCACUAUGCUGCUGCUUCUGACAUGGACCGAAAAAAGAAUAUUUUAGGUAACUCCCAUGAAAAUGCUGAAGAACUUGAAAGAGCCAGUGAGAUGAAGGAAAAAGAAGCUGCAUUGUGUCUAGAGUUCCUUCUACAAAAUGAUGCCAAUCCAUCCAUCCAAGACAAAGAGGGGUACAACACUGUGCAUUACGCUGCUGCAUAUGGGCACCGCCAGUGUUUGGAGCUGCUUCUGGAAAAAACCAACAAUAUGUUUGAAGAAUCUGAUUCUGCAGCUACAAAAAGUCCUUUGCAUUUAGCCGCCUAUAAUGGUCAUCACCAAGCCUUGGAGGUACUUCUCCAAUCUCUGGUAGAUCUGGAUAUUAAGGACGAGAAGGGACGUACUGCUUUGGACCUGGCUGCGUUUAAAGGACAUGCGGAGUGCGUGGAAGCUCUCAUCAGCCAGGGUGCUUCUGUCACUGUAAAAGACAAUGUCACCAAAAGGACCCCCCUCCACGCCUCAGUCAUUAAUGGCCAUACACCUUGUUUACGGUUGUUGCUAGAAGUUGCAGACAACCCUGACGUGACAGACGCCAAAGGACAAACCCCACUGAUGCUUGCAGUGGCAUAUGGGCACAUUGAUGCUGUUUCAUUAUUACUUGAAAAAGAAGCAUCUGUAGAUGCAGCUGAUCUCCUGGGAUGCACAGCUUUACAUCGAGGGAUUAUGACUGGGCAUGAAGAGUGUGUUCAGAUGCUGUUAGAGAAAGAAGUAUCUAUUUUAUGUAAAGACGCCAGAGGCAGGACACCUCUGCACUUCGCAGCAGCUCGGGGUCACGCCACUUGGCUGAGUGAAUUACUGCAGAUAGCACUUUCAGAGGAAGACUGCAGUUUGAAAGAUAAUCAAGGUUAUACACCGCUGCACUGGGCUUGUUACAAUGGUCAUGAAAACUGCAUAGAGGUACUAUUGGAACAAAAAUUUUUCCGCACGUUCUAUGGUAAUAGCUUCUCUCCAUUGCACUGUGCCGUAAUCAAUGAUCACGAAAACUGUGCAUCCCUGCUCAUCGGAGCCAUCGAUGCCAGCAUUGUCAAUUGCAAAGAUGACAAAGGAAGAACACCCCUUCACGCAGCAGCCUUCGCGGAUCACGUGGAGUGCCUCCAGCUCCUCCUGAGUCACAGCGCACAAGUGAAUGCUGCGGAUCACGCAGGGAAAACACCUCUCAUGAUGGCAGCUCAAAACGGUCACAUAGGUGCUGUAGACUUUUUGGUGAACAUUGCCAAGGCUGAUCUGACAUUAAAAGAUAAGGAGUUGAAUACGUCUUUGCACUUGGCUAGCAGUAAAGGUCAUGAAAAAUGUGCCUUGUUAAUACUUGACAAGAUACAAGAACAGAGCCUUAUUAAUGCAAAAAAUAAUGCAUUGCAGACACCUCUCCAUAUUGCUGCACGAAACGGCUUAAAGUUGGUGGUUGAAGAGUUGCUAGCCAAAGGGGCAUGCGUCCUAGCAGUAGAUGAAAAUGUUUCUAGGUCAAAUGGACCACGACCCUCGUCUGCAACAGAUGUACAAAAGGAAGAAUGAGACUUUGUAAACAAAAGAAAAAAAAAACCUAAACAAAAAGCUAUCAUGAACUAACCAGCUGUACCAAGAGGACCAAAAUGCUUCAGUAAUUAAAUGGAAGACUUUGCUACUUUUAUUUUUUCUUCAAAUGUGAGUGACAUAAUGAAGUAGUUUUUCUAAACCAUAAAAAUACAAACUUUUGAGGUAAUGAGUAGUCUUGAGUGAAUUUUACAUUUUAUGACGCAGGUUUCAAGUUGACAUUUGUAACUGAUGAUGUGUUGACCACAGGGUU